CUCGCUUGCGCCCUCGGCGCUACCGGCUCUCCUGAGCCCGGGCGGGGGCACCGGCCGGCGCCUUUGCCGCGCGGCUGCGGGCUCCGGCCUGGCCGUGGGAUGUUAGCGGUAGGGGCGAUGGAGGGCACCCGGCAGAGCGCGUUCCUGCUCAGCAGCCCGCCCCUGGCCGCCCUGCACAGCAUGGCCGAGAUGAAGACCCCGCUGUACCCCGCCGCCUACCCCCCGCUGCCCGCCGGGCCCCCCUCUUCCUCGUCCUCGUCUUCCUCGUCCUCCUCGCCCUCCCCGCCUUUGGGCGCCCACAACCCAGGUGGCCUGAAGCCCCCGGCCGCGGGGGGACUCUCGUCCCUGAGCAGCCCCCCGCAGCAACUCUCGGCCGCCACCCCACACGGCAUCAACGACAUCCUGAGCCGGCCCUCCAUGCCGGUGGCCUCGGGGGCCGCCCUGCCUUCAGCCUCGCCCUCUGGUUCCUCCUCCUCCUCUUCCUCGUCCGCCUCUGCUUCCUCGGCCUCUGCUGCCGCGGCCGCUGCGGCUGCAGCUGCGGCCGCCGCCUCUUCCCCAGCGGGGCUGCUGGCCGGCCUGCCCCGCUUCAGCAGCUUGAGCCCGCCGCCGCCGCCGCCAGGGCUCUACUUCAGUCCCAGCGCCGCGGCCGUGGCCGCCGUGGGCCGCUACCCCAAACCACUGGCCGAGCUGCCCGGCCGGACGCCCAUCUUCUGGCCCGGAGUGAUGCAGAGCCCGCCUUGGAGGGACGCACGCCUGGCCUGCACCCCUCAUCAAGGAUCCAUUUUGCUGGACAAAGACGGGAAGAGGAAACACACAAGACCCACGUUCUCCGGCCAGCAAAUCUUCGCCCUGGAGAAGACUUUCGAACAAACGAAAUACUUGGCGGGGCCGGAGAGAGCUCGCUUGGCCUAUUCUUUGGGAAUGACGGAGAGUCAGGUCAAGGUUUGGUUCCAGAACCGCCGGACCAAGUGGAGGAAGAAGCACGCGGCCGAGAUGGCCACGGCCAAGAAGAAGCAGGACUCGGAGACGGAGCGGCUCAAGGGGACCUCGGAGAAUGAAGAGGAGGACGACGACUACAACAAGCCUCUGGACCCCAACUCGGACGACGAGAAAAUCACGCAGCUGCUGAAGAAGCACAAAUCCGGCGGCGGCGGCGGCGGCCUCCUGCUGCACGCGUCGGAGACCGAGGGCUCAUCCUGAGCGCCCGCCGGCGGGACG